AUGUCGCGAGAUAUUUCGUUGUCAUGAUUGAGAGUAAGACGCGAUUCUUAUCGCGCGGCAGGUCGCGGCACAUCGCUCGUAGCGGAAAACCGUGUGUUCGCCAUGGCUCAGUUACGGCUCUGACCUUACCGUUUGAUAACGCGCUAAAUGUGCACUUUCCGUGCGCGAGAGCGUGCGUCCACAUCUGCAACUCACCACCGGCUGCGCCAGUCGCACGUUGGCCGAUGACGGAUGCGCACAGGCUGACAGCUAACGUGCCUCCGACGCGGACGGCGGCACGCUAUUUCGAGGACAAUCGGACCUCCCGGAGCGAGAGACAUCCACUUUCGAGGAUUCUCGGCAAAGCCUUCGCAGAUCUGUGUGAGAAGUAGGACCGGCGAAGUCGCGUUCUUCAGUUCCUCGAGAGAUUGAAUUAAGAAGAGCAAGUUCCCUCAAGACAUCGUGAAAGAUAUCGAUGCGGCCGUGUCGGUGUCGAUGAAGGAGACGGAUGCUGCGGUAUAAUGGCAUCCAGGAGGCCGACGAAGUACGACGAUUCGUAAAAUCACGAUGGAACUGUGCAAAGGGUCCUGGAAGGUCAUAAUCCUCGUCUGCGUGUUCGCCGUCUACCUGUGGAUGUUCUUCGUCGAUUACUCGCACACGCUGUCGCAGAAGAUGGCUCUGCAGAGGACGCGGGUCUCCGUGUCGGCGAGGAACGUCCUGCACCAGGAUGCCGAACAGUCGAAAGGCAAGGAGGUGUCGUCCGUGGACGACGGAGCGGCCUCGAGAAUCACGAAAUCGCAGUCGACGUCACCGCGAAACCCGAACGACACGUUCAAGGGCAGCUUGUCCACGUCGAAGUACCAGACCUUGAAGCAGCAAGGUCUGAUACCCAGCAGACAAUUGCCAACCGCUCUGAUAAUCGGCGUGAAGAAAGGCGGCACCAGAGCUCUCCUGGAAUUCCUGAGACUGCAUCCUGCUAUCCGCGCCGCCGGCUCGGAAGUCCACUUCUUCGAUCACCACUAUGUCAAAGGAUUCCGCUGGUACAGACGCAGAAUGCCUCCGACGAUGGUCGGCCAGAUCACCAUGGAGAAGACGCCGUCGUAUUUCGUGACGAGCGAGGUGCCGAAGCGGGUGAAGCACAUGAAUCCGGGAAUGAAACUGAUCGUCGUGGUGCGGGACCCGGUGACCCGGGCGAUAUCCGAUUACACGCAGGUGAAGAGCAAGCGCGUGAAGAUGCCGCGGUUUGAGGACCUUGCUUUCCUCAACGGCUCGCGGAUCGUCGACACGUCCUGGGUGCCGCUGAAGAUCGGGGUCUACGUGCGGCACCUGGAGAGGUGGCUGCAGUACUUCCCGCUGUCGCAGUUCUUGUUCGUGUCGGGCGAACGUCUGAUCGCCGACCCCGUGAUGGAGGUCACCAGGGUGCAGGACUUCCUGGGCCUGAAGCGGGUGAUAUGCGAGAAACACUUCUACUUCAACGCCACCAAAGGCUUCCCUUGCUUGCUCAAGUCGGAGGAACGUGCGACGCCGCACUGCCUCGGAAAGAACAAAGGUCGCAGUCAUCCUUAUAUCGAUCCCAUGGCGGUUCAACGUCUGCGUGAUUUUUAUCGGCCGUUCAAUCAGCGUUUCUAUCAGCUGGCGGGUAUGGAUUUCGGCUGGUUCUGAAACCCGCGCGGUAUCGCAUAUGAAAUAAAUACAUAUCGUAAGUAGGGAAAACUGAACGGAGUCAAUUUUCGUCGUUUAUAUCUCGAGUAUCUCGCAGUAUCUAUUGCACCUGAAUAUCCAUAAGCUGGUCAGAUAGGAAUACCAUGCAUAUUAACAGUCAUAUUCAAGACGUUUAGCGUCCCACAAUGUUUGGGCGAAUCGUGUUACGGAUUCGGUUUAUAAUCGAGUGAAUCUCAUCGUCUGCCGAUGUUGCUCGGCAACGAGCGACUGAUUUACGCUGUUAAUCCAGCCUUUCGUGGCGCGCGUUGCGAUGCGUUAACGCUUGCAAGAGUUACUCGUUACUUUUCGCUUGUUGUUACAGAUUAGUCGUUUACGACAGUCUGAGUCAUUUACUGGCAGUAAGUUCGCGUAAAGAUUCGGUUGCGAGGUAAGCAAGGUUCUAUCAAGGGAACUGCAUUUACGUGCUGUGGUACAAGUAGGAUGAAAGACGGUCGUCGACGCUGUCUUUCAGAGUUAUCAAUAGCGCACGGUUCCCGUCCCGUCCGAGGUAACUCAACGAAAAACUGCGACAUAUCUAUCUGCUGUAAUUAUCAUAAUUAUUGUAACGAUUACGGUAAUCACAGAGAAUUACAUAUCCGAGAUACUUCUUUACUCGCUCGAACGGAAAAACCGUCAAGUUUGUAUGAAUACGUGUGCAAUGUGAGAGUGUGCGUGAGAACGGUGAGAGAGUCACGUCUAAUUUCUCCGACUUCAAGACGUACUUGUUAUUUUUGCUGGAUAAGGCAAUACGAGCACAAUUAAUUGUAAUUAGUGGCGCUGAAUACAAAAAUUGACAUAU